UGUGAGUGUGGCGCGACAGUCGUUUCAGUUGUUAAAGAUUUUUCAGAGAUUUACUGGGAUUGACAGCACCACAAACAAAAAAUGAGUUAUUAAGUAAACAGAGAUAAAUAUCAAAUCGCUCGAAAAUACAAAUUACUAAAAUGUGGAAACUUCAACCAACGGAAUCUGGAGGGGAAAGCUUAUUUCUGCUUUCUGGUCAGACGUAUGUGGUCGGCCGUAAGAAUUGUGAGAUACUGCUGUCCAAUGACCAGUCCAUCAGCCGUGUGCAUGCCCGCCUCACUGUCACUGAGCAGGGAAUCUCGUUGAAAGAUAGCUCGAAAUAUGGCACUUUCGUCAAUGACGAGAAGCUCGAGGCUGGCUCCACGAAGAGCCUGCAGACUGGAGACAGGGUCACAUUUGGGGUCUUUCAAAGCAAGUUCAGGUUGGAGAAAGAGUCUAUUGUGGUCUGUUCUUCAUGUGUUGAUAAUGAAGGGAAGGUCUCCCUCUCUCAGGACGUGCGCUCCAUAGGGGGGCGUCUGGUCAACUCGUGGACACCUGACUGCACACAUCUCGUCAUGCCCACUGUAAAGGUCACCAUAAAGACAAUCUGUGCCUUGCUGUGCUGUCGACCUAUAGUAAAGCCGGAAUAUUUCAGUGCGUUUAGCAAAGCUGUACAGCAAAAACUGCCUUUGCCUAAACCUGAGAGAUUCAGGCCUCAGGUUGAUGAGCCCACCCUGACUAAAGAGGAUCUGGACCUUGGCGCUCGGCCUGAGAGAAAGAGUCUCUUCAAAGGGAAAACAUUUGUAUACUUCAACUCAAAACAGAUGAAGCGUUUAAGUCAGGCAGUGAGUUGUGGAGGUGCUGUGAGUCAGCUGUUGGAGGAGGGCUCUUUGCCUCUUUCGCUCCUGGAGUCAAGCAGCACUUGUGUGGUGGACAUGAUAUCUGACAACUCGCAAGCUCUGAUCCCUCCCACCACCAAGAAAUGGGUGGACUCUGUGGCACAGAUUUUGCAGAGAAAAGGCUUGCGCUUUAUCACAGAAUCUGAGAUUGGAUUGGCUGCCAUUCAUUUAAGUAAUCAAACAUACUGCAAUCCUUGCUCAUCUAUACAUUCUGAAUCGGUCAAAAAGAAGGCAGUCAUGGCUUCAGAGACACUCUCUCAGAACACUGCUGUGGAUGAGACGGCUCUCCCAGCACCUUCUCAGAACAUCACAGCCUAUGUGGUAAACACUGAGGUCUCACAUGACCAAAGCAGGAUAGAAACAAGUGGAAUUAGUGCUGUUGGUGAGACUCCAGAGAAGACACACCCUGCACAAAGGGCUUUACAGCUUCCCACAUUGUCAAAAACAAAACCAUCUCUCGGCCCAGAACCUUCAACUUCUCGCAUUAUCACUGAGACCAUGAUGUCACCAGAGAGCUCCAGUGGGGCUGAACCUGAGCAGAGGUCGAAGACCGGUUUUGCUUCUUCAGGCAGGGGUCUAGAUGGCUCUUUGAAAUUGACAACUCCUCUAAAACCGUCUUCACAGAAACAGUCAGCUUUCACAAACUAUUUCCAGCCUGUAAGCAAGAAAAGAUCGCGUGAAGAUAGUGCCAGUUCGGUCCAGUCAGAGGCCAAAAUCUCCAGAAAAGACGAUGAGGUCAAAGAGGAUGAGUUGAAGAAGAAUUCCGCUCCUUUAUAUGCCCAGCAAAGUUCCUCCGACAGUAGAUCUCACAAAACCUCAAGUACGGCCCAAAACCAGCGUAAUUUAAGUGCCAGUCUGGGUAUGAGCUCAGAUCACAGUGUGGCCCAACCAGGAAAGGGUUGUGGGUCCACUCAAAGUUCUGGCAGCAAAAAGAGAAAAGAACCAGAGCAGGAUGUCCCAUCAGGCCCAGACAAAGAUGCUGAUUUAGACCUGUCACUUGAAGAGCUCGAGUCCAUCAUGUCUGAGGAGAUGGAUGAGCCUCUGCAGAUUACAGCCAAUAAAAAACAAUGUCUCGAGUCAGGAAGGAGCAGCGCAGCCAACAACCCUCAACUACCCAAUCAGCAAAAAAGCAAGUCGAAUCAGCAAAUUAGUGCCAGCAACUUGCAGUUGGAUAGAAAAGGCCCGACUGUAACAAAUCAGGUCUCUGAGAGUCAGUCAAAGAGAUCAUCCAAUCAAGCACCAAAUUCGGAGCUGGAAACGCAUAGUUUAGCCAUUGGGGUGAAAAGGCCGGAAACAGAUGUCAAGGAGGAGGAGGUGUCCUUUGUGACUUCAAGGACCCAAAAUGGGGUUUCUCAGGACUGUAAAGAUGUAGCCAAACAGGAAGUGAAGUUUUCUGACAAAACCACUGUUUCUCCGAAGACCUCAGUGUCUCUGUCUGGAACCGAGAAUGACCCUGAGUUACCCCAGAGGCUUGUACAGAUUGAAUUUAUGUCCCUGACUGUGAGUAACUCCUCAAGAUCAAGACCCAUCCCACUACAGACCCACAACCCCAAUGGCAAGAAUGUCAAAAGGUUCUGCAAGACAUCCGUCCCUGGUUUAAAAGGGCUGCCCAAUAUUAUCGGAGGUUCUGAUUUGGUUGCUCACAAUCGCAGCAAGAACUCUGAAUUGGAGGAGUGGCUCAGGCAUGCCGCCGAGGAAGAAAAACAGAAUGAACGAGAAGAGACUUUGGGUGAUGAUUUGUUCAGGUACAACCCUAGAACCACCAGGAGAUAAUGGUUCAUAAAGCUGCUUUUCUCUUCGAAGACAAGUUCUGCAUUGUCAUAUAGCCCUACUUUGGCAGUUCCACAGUAAUAAUGGCCGAGCUUUUAAUGUCCUAAACCCCACACGAAAUGAUUCGCAAAGAAAAAAACUGUUUGAUUUUUAUAAGAGGUUUAUUUGUCUAUAAUAAAAAUACUGUGUACAAAACAUAUGUAUAUUAAAGGUUUUACAAAUCUGAGCAAUCGCAUAUCAUCACACCAACAUUGCAUUCAACUUGUUUUAAGCAGCCUGCUUCACAUCGUCCUGCAAUAAAUUAAAUGACUGUUGACUUCA